AUCUGUUUUGAUUACUGGCACAAAUGACUGCAUAUUUCGCCAUUCCUCUUAAACUGAUCUUUUUGUGUUUAUACACCUAAAAAAGUAAAAAAUCCACAUUGACAGUUCUUCCCUUCAUCACAAAAAGAAAUAACAAUGCCUCUUCAACAAAUCAGUACGCCUAAUGACUUUCGAACACUUUUAACUGCUUCGAAAGAUAAACUGGUUGUUAUUGACUUUUUUGCUACGUGGUGUGGGCCUUGUAAGAUGAUUGCACCCUUUUAUACGCAACUUUCAACCAAAUACCCUCAAGCAGUUUUUGCUAAAGUCGACGUUGAUCAACUAAAAGAGGUUGCAGCUGCUUGCAAAGUUACUUCUAUGCCAACUUUUCAAUUCUAUAAAAAUGGAAAUAAGCUGGCUGAAAUGAAAGGAGCCAAUCCUCAGCAAUUAGAAAAGUAUGUGAAAGAGUUUUCUGACAAUGCUCAAGGGGAAGGUUCGUCUCCAUCCUCUGCCAAGAAGAGUCUGGUUCCUGGUUUUGUUGAUUUGACAGAGCAUAUCACACCUAAUCAAAUGGAUGCUUUAAAUCAACAAGAAGAGCACAAUGUCAAGAAUAUCUUCAAGGAUGAUGAGAGUUAUUUGGAAAGCGACGUCGACGAACAAUUGAUUAUCAGUGUACCCUUUAAUCAAUCUGUCAAACUUCAUUCCAUCAAAUUCAAGGCACCAAAUAAAACCAAUGCCCCUAAGACAAUCAAGAUUUAUGCUAAUAGAACCAAUAUCGGUUUUGAUGAUGCUGACUCUAUCAAGGAAACACAAAUACUUGAAUUGACACCCGAAGAUUUCGACGAUGAUAAUGUGGUCAAUUUAAAAUUUGUCAGAUAUCAAAACAUUACUAGUAUUACGCUAUUUAUUGUGGAUAACCAAGAGGACGAAGAAACAACUCAACUUCAACAAUUAAUCUUUAUUGGCUGUCCCGUCGAAACAACCAAUAUGGGCGACUUUAACAAAGACCAACAACAUUAAAUAAAAGGUUGAAUAUGCUUUAUGAAGCCCAAAAAGAGUAUAUACAAACUAUUACCGCUCCUUUAUCUAUUAAGUAGCUUGUGAUUGCAAAUACACUAUUUUUUUUGUUUUCUGUUUCUUGUUUCUGUCUUGACGAUUGCAGACUCGUAUUAUUCAUCGUCGGUCACCCACUGAAUAACUUCUUCAUAUUCAUC